GCCCUCGGCUUCAUGCUACAAUGCCCGGUGAGCAUGAAGACUGUGGAUUUCCCUGGAGGAGAUCUGCCGGCGCAGGCCAAGCUGUCCCAUUCAGGUCGCAACUUCACCAAUGAUCCGAACCCCAUGUGCCCGUGGUGCUGUGCGGAUGGCAAAGCAAUACCGUACGGGGAUUUCCGGAGGAGUGCCAAGUGGCGAGAAACUGUCGCCUCCGAAACUCCGUGGGGGUCAUCGAGUCCUCUGCAUGAUCUGCCGGGAGGUGAAGAUGAAAG